AUGCGAUAUCGAAAAUUACUAGCACACCGCCUCGGCAGAACUUUUAGUGCCCACAGCAACCCCCCGAAGCCAGACAGCUCUGCCAUCGCACUCGAACAGCUUCAUAUCACUUCGUCUGUUUUAAUUAUGGCAGGCAUUUUCCAGGCGCCGCGGAAUGCGGACACGCUCUUCUUGGGUGGGCAGAAAAUCACCGGUGCUGAUGUCCGUGAACAGAAUGUUCUGGCAACACAGGCCAUCUCAAACGUCAUCAAGAGCUCCUUCGGUCCCUCCGGUUUGGACAAGAUGAUGGUGGACGACAUAGGGGAUGUGACUGUGACGAACGACGGUGCUACCAUUCUUUCUCUUCUUGAUAUCGAGCACCCUGCGGGCAAGAUCCUCGUCGAUCUGGCCCAACAACAGGAUAAGGAGGUCGGAGAUGGCACUACCUCCGUCGUUCUGAUCGCCUCCGAGCUUCUGCGGAGAGGCAAUGAGUUGAUGAAGAACCGUAUACACCCUACCACGAUCAUCAACGGAUACCGACUUGCACUGCGCGAAGCCGUCAAGUAUAUGAACGAGAAUGUUACGACUAAGGUGGAUAAUAUCGGAAGGGAGAGUUUGGUCAACAUCGCGAAGACUUCUAUGUCCAGCAAGAUCAUCGGUUCCGACCCCGAUUUCUUUGCUAACAUGUGCGUGGACGCAAUGCUGCAAGUGAAAUCUGUAAACCAGAGAGGCGAGGUCAAAUACCCAGUCAAGGCCGUGAACCUACUCAAGGCCCACGGAAAGAGUGGCACCGAGUCCGUUCUCGUGGACGGCUACGCAUUGAACUGCACUGUUGCUUCUCAGGCUAUGACUACCCAUGUGACCGACGCCAAGAUUGCCUGUCUCGACAUGAACCUGCAGAAGGAGCGGAUGAAGCUUGGUGUUCAGAUCACAGUCGAAGACCCCGAUCAGUUGGAGAAGAUCCGCCAGCGGGAGUCCGGUAUUGUUAUGGAGCGUGUUGAUAUGAUCCUGAAGUCCGGUGCCAAUGUCGUUUUCACAACCAAGGGUAUCGAUGAUAUGGUUCUCAAGCUCUUCGUCGAGAAGGGAGCCAUGGCAGUCCGUCGCUGCAAGAAGGAGGACUUGCGUCGAAUCGCCAAGGCUACCGGUGCCACCCUGGUCAGCACUCUUUCUGACCUCAACGGAGACGAGAAGUUCGAGGCAUCAUACCUUGGACAUGCAGAGUCGGUUACGCAAGAGCGUAUCUCCGAUGAUGAAUGUAUCUUGGUUCGGGGUACCAAGGUUCACAGUGCGGCUUCCAUCAUUCUCCGCGGUGCCAACGAGUACAGUUUGGACGAGAUGGAGCGCUCCGUCCACGACUCUCUCUGUGCCAUCAAGCGCACUUUAGAGAGUGGAAGCAUUGUUCCCGGUGGCGGUGCUGUGGAAACCGCACUUCACAUCUACCUAGAGGAAUUCGCAGUCACAGUGGGCUCCCGUGAGCAACUGGCCAUUGGCGAGUUCGCACAGUCUCUCCUUGUCAUUCCCAAGACUCUGGCAGUCAAUGCAGCAAAGGAUUCAUCCGACCUCGUUGCCCAGCUCCGUGUCCGCCACGCCCUGUCACAGCGUGUGCAGGAUGGUGAUGCCAACGAAGAGGAGAAGGCCAUCGCCAAGAAGAAGACCUACCGCAACUACGGUUUGGAUCUGACGAAGGGACGGGUUCACGACACUCUCAAGGCCGGUGUGCUGGAGCCCAGCAUGAGCAAGGUCAAGCAGCUGAAGAGUGCCGUGGAGGCUUGCAUAGCCAUCAUGCGCAUUGACACGAUCAUCAAGCUGGACCCCGAGCAGCCGCAGGAUGACGGCCACGGCCACUGA